UGAAGCAUGGCAUCAAUGACUCUGAUAAGGACAAGUGUACGACCAAUCUGCUUGACAACUGACAAGAGGCUGGGGUUUGAGGCAGACUGCAAAAAGAACACAAGAAAGUGAUUUGCAAAGUGCAUUCCAGUUGUUUGCCUUACAUCUUCUUUCCUCUGUCUGUAUUGAAACAAGACUGGCAAUCAGCUAAAAUACCCUUGUCCUCCUGUCUCUCCACCAGAAACUAAAUACAGAAGAAAUGCAUUGUUUUGGUGUAUUAGCUGCACUGUCUGUUUUUAACAUCAUUGCUUGUUUGACAAGAGGCAAGCCUUUGGAAGACUGGAGCAGGCUAUCAGCUAUGGGAAAGUCUGAUGCACACUUUCAUGAUCCUGGGGAAGUAGAAGAUGAGACCCAUUUCAACUUCAAAUCUUUCUUGGAGAAUAUGAAGAUGGAUCUACUACGGAGUUUGAAUUUGUCAAGAGUCCCCUCACAAGUGAAGACCAAAGAAGAACCACCACAGUUCAUGAUUGAUUUAUACAACAGAUAUGCUGCAGACAAGUCCUCCAUCCCUGCAUCCAAUAUUGUAAGGAGCUUCAGUACUGAAGAUGUUGUUUCUUUAGAUUCAUCAGAAGAAAACCCAUUUCAGAAACACAUUUUGUUCUUCAACAUCUCUAUUCCACAUUAUGAGGAAAUCACCAGAGCUGAACUGAGAAUUUAUAUCUCCUGUCACAGGGAAGUUGGCUCUCUCUCUAGGCUGGAAGGCAACAUGGUAAUUUAUGAUGUUCUAGAUGAUGGUCACUGGGAAAACCCAGAAAGUACCAAAUCUUUCCUUGUCUCCCACAAUAUCCAGGAAUGUGGUUGGAAGAUGUUUGAAGUGUCCAGCGCUGUGAAAAGAUGGGUUAGGGCAGACAAACUGGAGACUAAAAAUAAGCUAGAGGUUGUUAUAGAGACUAAAGCUCUGAGUGGUUUUACCUGUGGGAAGCUGGAUGUCAGUGUUACCCCUGACACUAAAAAUCUGCCCCUGUUAAUAGUGUUCUCCAAUGACCGCAGCAAUGGGACAAAAGAGACCAAAGUGGAGCUCCGCGAGAUGAUUGUUCAUGAACAGGAAAGCAUGCUCAAGAAACUAGGGAAGAACAAAACCUCAUCUGAAGAAGAACAGCUGGGAGAGGAAAAGGCCAUCACUGGAUCCCACCUGCAUUCCUCCAGAAGCAAGAGAAGCGUUGGAGCCAACCACUGCAGGAGAACUUCCCUCCAUGUGAACUUUGAAGAGAUUGGCUGGGAUUCCUGGAUCAUUGCACCAAAAGAUUAUGAGGCUUUUGAGUGUAAAGGAGGUUGCUUCUUCCCUCUGACAGAUAAUGUCACCCCAACUAAACAUGCUAUUGUCCAAACUUUGGUGCAUCUCCAAAAUCCAAAAAAAGCCUCCAAGGCCUGUUGUGUUCCAACCAAACUGGAUUCAAUCUCCAUUCUUUACAAGGAUGAUGCUGGUGUGCCCACUUUGAUAUAUAACUAUGAAGGGAUGAAAGUGGCAGAAUGUGGCUGCAGGUAGUAUACAAGGCAGAAUCUGUAAGAAUAGGAGUUUUUCUGUCCUGUGUAAAUCUGUACAAUAGUGAUGCAAAUGAAGACCAUUGCAAACCAUGUUUGGAGCAGGGUAUGGGGCUGGUUGUUGUUGCUGCUUGUUUUAAGGGAAAAUUGGCAUUUAAAGAAUGGCAAUCAUUGUAAAUAGCCUGCAUUAUAUAUCAUGGCAAAAUGAAUACUGGAUUAAAAUAUUGUGAGAUUG